AUGUUAUGUAGUAGACCCUGGUGGACGCGCAAGAUCACGCUCGCAAGGGCACGUAAGCAGAUAGAUUUUUUGAACAAAAAUGCAGAAAGAUCACCAGAUAAUGGUAAAAUUAAUAGGUGUGGAUUAAGUUCCGGAUUAUUCCAAAGAAAAGCCAUUUUCAGGCGCCCAGUCGUUAGGAUUCCAUCUUUGGCACGACAAUCAAUAAAUAAUAACACCAACAAUACCAAUUGCCAAUCUAUAUUUGACGAGACCAACAAGGAAUCGAUAAUAUCAGCCUCAAAAUCCAGAAAAGAAUUGAACAAAGGAUUGUUAUCUGUUUCUGAAAGGGGAAAUGCUGCCUUCUGGGAAUGCAAGCCAUUUGUUCGUCAAGCAGAAUGGCUAUUCAAUCAUAACGUCAAAUCUGUCAUAAAGAAUGAAGUCAGCGUUAUUUCUCAAACAAAUAAUAAGAAUUUUGAAUCUACUAGUGUAUAUUCUAAGUCUAGGACUCCAAACUCACAAACAGAAACCGAAGAUAUUAUACACAGACAAUCAGUAGAUGAUGGAUGUACAACAAGUGGAGAUAAUCAACAGCAAAGCUUCCCAAUUUUCAUAAAAGAAGUGCUGUCUAAGAUACCAAAUGCGCCUUAUACGUCUAAUUUGGAAGAUAAUUUUUCAAUUGCCGAACAAAUAAGUUUAUUAAAGUCACAGCACGCAAACUUAUUGUCAUCCGAUAUUUCCCCUGAAAGUCUAAAAACUGCCGAAAUUUUAUUAAGCUUCUACCCGGGAAUUGAACGUAAAGAAAGGUUAAAUGAGGUGCAACAGUUUAAAUCUGAAACUUUUGAAUCACUUAUACAAAAGGGGGGUGAAAUCGAUAAGAUUAAUUUGCUUAUUAAGCAAAGGGCACUAGACGGCAAUCUGACUGAUUGUCUAGAAAUAUUAAAUAAAAUGAAAAUCUACGGAUUAAAUCCCAGUGUACAGACAUAUAACAACGUGUUACUAAGUACUUGUGCCCUUAAAAAUCCCAAAUCUGCGCGAUUUAUCUACCUAAAAAUGGUGGCAGAAUCACUUACUCCAGAUAUUAAAACAUUCAGUAUACUAAUCAAAACGCACGUACUGGCCAGGGAUUUAAACUCGGCCUUUGCUCUGCAAAGGAAGAUGGAAAGAGAUGGCAUUGCUAGUGACGUGGUUGUUUUCUCUAUCUUAAUUGAUGGGCUAGUAAAUAAUGGCCAUGUUGAUCGUGCCUGGGAGACAUAUAAUUAUGCGCGAACUUGGCGUCUAAUAGAACCAGACCAAGUGCUAUUUACUAUAAUGAUCAAGGCAUGUUACAAAAAUGGAGAAGUAGAGAAAGCACUGAAUUUAUAUGAUGAAAUGAUAGCUAUGGGCCUCCACCCUACUGACUUAACUUAUACUACUUUAAUUAAAUCUAUGGGUAAAAGGAAGGGAUUUAUGGAUAAAGCUUUCCACUUCUACAACCUGAUGAAAUGCGAAGAUAUGCCAAUUACCAAAUCUGUUUACCAGCACUUACUUAAGUGCUGCGGGAGGAAUGGAGUGUAUUCUCGAGCAGAAUUAACACUAAAUGAAUAUAAGAAUGCAGGUUUUCAGCCCGAAGAAGUUGACAUAUACCAUUUAAUUAUGUCUAUGAAAAAGGGUGCCAGGGUUAAGGGAUUGAGCGGUGUAACUAUAAGGAAGGUUUUUGAUAUGAUCAAAACAGCUGCUGAUGGAGGUGUUGCAAUAACUUCAGUUACACUAAAUGGUCUGAUUGAAUUAUAUCAAGCGGGAGGGUUUUACAAAUACGCAAUUGAAGUUUUGGAAAUAUUUCCACAUUUUAACGCCACACCCAAUCAGCACACAUACGAGAUACUCCUCAAAUUUUUGGGUAGCGAACUUAAGGAACCUGGAAUGUUUUUCAACCUUUGGAAAUUGAUGCGCAGCAAGGGAGUAACUCCAUCGCAUAAAUUAAUGUGUUUGGCACUUCAAGUGGCACUAAUGUCCGGUUCGAGUAAAAUGACUCUAGAAGUAUUGCGUGAGAUGUACAAUUUAAGGAUUUUCCCUACACCUAAGCUUGUAACGGAAUUGUACAAACGGGGGAAACACAUAGUGGAGAUUCACCUUGCAGUUAAGGAUUUGGAGGAGUUACAAAGAAAUUUAGUGCAGCAAAGGUGUAAAAGGGAAACAGAAUUGCUGCAAUCUUAUGUAGACGAGAGGCAACUUAACUCUUACGCUCAGGGCAAGAAGCUGAAUCAGCCAACUAUGUACCACCGGCUCAGAUCCAAGACAUUUAAGCGAUUAAAGCAACAUACAUAA